AUGGCGCGCCCUGGCAUUCUCAGGGCCGACACGCUCGACCUCCAAGACCAAGACAGCCCCACCGCAGCAGAACACCACAAGCACCCGCAACCCAACGGCAACGCCCCCCACGUCGCCGCCCAGGUACAUCAGGUACUCGAGGAGCGGCAUUCAGAAGAGCAAGCCCUGGCCGACGCAUGGAACAUUGCGGGCAAUCUGGCGGAUAGCGCAGGCGCCAUUGACCAGGCGCAAGCCAACAACAAUGCCACCGAGCACGUAACAAACGGUGCCUCGCACGCUGGCGAGGAGGGAGGCGAGGGCGCCGAGUCCGAUGCGGAAACAGACGACGACAUGAUGGACCGGAUAUCAAGUUCGCCAAGCAUUGACGAUGGUCAGUUCACUUUGCAAUACUCACACCCCGUCUCGCUGCAACGCUUCGGGCCUGCACGCGUGGCAGACCUAUCACCAGCACGCAGUUUGUCAACUCCAACUCGCGAGUCUUUCAACCAGACCGCAAACACUACGCCUGAGUCGUCGCCAUUCUUGCAAACGCCUCAGCAUUUGCCGUUGCGAGCAAGACACGUCGGAGUGGAGGAGGAUUUUGCGCUUGCACAGCAGGUGACUUCUUCUCCAUACGACCAGGUACCCCAAGACUUUCCUACGAGGUCAUUCUCACUCCCAAUGUCAAGGUAUCAUCAGAUGGGUAGGUAUAAGGAGGACGACACGCCCGGAUUGGUACUGGACCCAGAACGCAGCGACGAAUAUGAAGAGCACGACAACUUCGGCUACCACGAGGAUAGAUCAGACCUUCCCAGCGACGGCGGAGAGGAGCGCGAGGCCGACCAGAUCCAAGACGGCCGGCGACCGAUUGAGAGCCCAUUCCGCAACCAUUCCUUCUUUACGAGCAUGACGAGUCUUGGCCCUCCAUCUUUGGAGCCAUCGCCAAGCCUUACCAGCAUCAACAGCAUCGACCUCGAUGCUUUGUUGUUGCCCGUAGACGACCCGUUGUUGGACACGCCACCUUCCCCUAAUGGAUCUGCCGGCUCAUGGGAGAGCAUGUCGAACUCGGAUCUGGACAGCCUUGAUAUGCACGAGGAUUGCCAAAACUUUGAUGAUGCUGAAGACAUUUUCCUUAAUCUUGACGACCGCUUCAUUGACUCUGGUUGGGGUGGCGAGUGCUUACGAGAAACAGAAGACAUCGAUUUCGAGUUCGUCUACGCCCUGCACACAUUUGUUGCGACUGUCGAAGGCCAAGCAAAUGCUACCAAAGGCGACACAAUGGUGUUGUUGGAUGACAGCAAUAGCUACUGGUGGCUCGUGCGGGUAGUGAAAGACAGUAGCAUUGGCUACCUACCUGCCGAACACAUCGAAACGCCUACCGAACGACUUGCGCGAUUGAAUAAGCACCGAAACAUAGACCUGUCUGCCACAAUGCUCAGCGAUAACUCAGAAAAGUCGAGAAAUCCCAUGAAGAAAGCGAUGCGAAGACGCAAAGCAAAGACUGUCCAGUUCGCCGCGCCUACGUAUGUUGAAGCCUCUGACUACGACUACUCUACCGAAGACGAGGAACACAUGAUCGAUCCUUAUGGCAGCUCUCUACAAUCGGAGGGUCGUGACUCGACCGACGAGCCUGAGAUCGAACUUGAAGAGCCUAAAGCCGAGCCAGCCGACUCUGGACUUGAACGCAGGUCAAGCACAUCUUCUCAACGCGCGUCAUUCGAUCGUGAGCAGGCUGCCACAGCAGCACAAGCUCUUGCAGCGGCUGGCGUCGGCAACGAUGAGAAUGCACCGAAGCUCGUGGACAAGACAGGUGAGUUCGAGCGGUUUGGUAUUGAUGACAGCUUUCCAACGGUUUCGACAGAAGCUGCUCCGCUCAAGUCAAAGAAGACGCGGAAUACGGAUUCUUUCCUCAAAGACGACAGCCUGGAGACUCGCAAAAUCACACUCACUCCUGGAAUACUUCGCGAGGAAAACGCAGCUGCCAAGUCACCGACUGAGCCGCCACGUAACAACAGCAUGGAGAGCCUCACAAAGACGAACUCACCAACUGAACAACCGGCGGCCAAGAAAGAAACGAAAGAAAAGAAGAAGGAGCCAAAGAAGGGUGGUAUGCUUAGUGGCUUGUUCAAGAGUAAGAAAAAGGAUAAGAAGGCGAAAGAGGAAGAGGCCGAGGCCGAGAAGCUGUCUGCCGAUAUGCAACGAGACUCGGCAAGAUCGAGCCCAUUACCUAGUGGGAAAUCUUCGCCCGUGGAGAAGGCUGUCAAUGGCCAACAGCCACUGGCCAGAACAACUGUGCAACAACCGCCAGCCGAAGAAGUCCGAGAGACAUCAAAUGAUUCAAGCAAUGGCUUUGUUGCCGAGCUCGAAGGCUCAGCGGUCGCGUAUGAGAUGGCUGCAAGCCAUGAUGAGCCUGAAAGCCAAAGUGAUGCGCACGACCGUCUCAACAUUGAAGCCGCACAGCAAGAGAAGAGUCGAGGCAUUCCCAACCCUCUCUCGCCAAUCACGAGUACCGUUACGAACACCGUGUCGAACAUGCUCAAGACAAACGACGGCCACGACAAGCCCAAGAAGGCCAAGCGGUCGAAGAAACGUGUCGAGCUGGACGACUUCGACUCGCCACAAGACGAGCACGGCAAGGACCCAUUCGCAGAUCAGGCUGAUGAUAGCGAGGAGAGUGGUGAGAGGUUGUCAGAAAGCCCAGUCGAGAUUUCAUCCAGCUCUGCGUUCAUGCACGGCACCGACUCGAUUCACAUUCCAAUGAUGGGCCCAGAAGACCAUACCGAGGACGAUGAGCCAGGCAGCCUCACAUCCUCGCCAAGCAUCAUCGAACACCCCGCCGAGCCUAUCGAUGACGCCUCGCUCGGAGAAGACAACGACCCCACACCAACCGCUCGCUCUCCUCAGCCUGUCAUUCACCCGCAAAAGUCCACCAAGACACCCACCCGCGGCCUCUCAACGGACAGCAACACUUCCUCAUCGCGCCUCUCACCCCGUCCAUCGCCCACAGUGUCCCAGCAAGCCUGGAGCGACGACUCCCUCCGCGCAUGGUUGGAAGACGGCAGCGAAGUCCGCGACAUGCUCGUCAUGAUCCACGACAAAUCCGGCGUGACACCUGCCCGACCCGAUCAUCCUCUCAUGGAGGGAUUAUUCGUUGAGCAAAAGAAGGGCGUGACGCAGAUGAUGGGGGAGCUAGAUGGGUUGUUGGGGAGUUAUUUGCAGAGGAAGGGGAUGAAGUUUUGA